CUGCUGAGGAAUUCGGCAUCGACAUCGCUCCAGCAUCAGUCCAACCCGGGCGCUGUCAGCCCAACAGCCGGGCCGACGACGCCUGCGGGCUCUCAGGGAUGCUUGCCCAAUAGGUGCCUGUGCUUGGCCGUCUGGCACAUCCACCCUGCCACUCUGCGCCCCCUUUUCAGCCUGAUUGUUCCGAUUUGUCAAACAGUUCCGCCCCAUGACAAAAAAAGCGCCGGUCUUGUAUUCGACGGCUCCCUUCAGGCCCGUUUGCCUCUUCUAUAUGAGGCCCACCCUCCCCAUCCCUCCUCGUCGUCCUGCACUCCUCUCGCACUCCUGUCCACCUCCCCGCGGUCGUUGCCCUAUUAUUGGCCGUCGUCUCAGCCUGUCGCUCAAUCCUUCUUCCAUACCUCAUCGGCUGACAAUCGCACACCAUGCUCGUUGACUGGACCAUCGUCAUCUGUAUCAUCGGAGGCUGGGGUCUUGCCGCCGGCACGUCGUGCACUGGGAACCUGGGAAAGGUCGCCCAGUCAGGCAUGUUUGGCUCCUUUUGGAACUUUCUGUCGGGCGGCAUCCUCGUGCUGUUCUACUGGGUCUUUGACUUCGAGGGUCGUUCGCAGGGCUAUGACUGGAUCCAGAAUGCUCCCUGGUGGAUGUGGCUCGGCGGCAUCUUUGGCAGCAGCUACGUCGCUUCAGCAACGAUGCUUGUCCCGCGACUCGGCGCCUCUAUGGUCCUGGGCUGCUCCGUGCUCGGCCAAAUGGUUUCGUCGAUUAUCAUGGACAACUUUGGAGUCAUGGGCCUGCAUCAGCGCAGCGCUACGGCCGGACGAAUCGUUGGAGUCGUGCUCACUGUCGGCGGCGUCGUUGCCGUCGUGCUGGCCACCGAGUGGAGCAACCUAAAGCGCAUGUUUUCCAAGGAGACGAACGCCAAGGCAGCGGCAGCGAAUGCCGAUAGUGACCGUGACCCGAAUGCCCAACCAGUCAAAGUCCUCAGCCAAUCGAUCAAAAUCGAAGACCCGAACGAUGCCCUUGUCGCUGCGGGACAAACACUCUCCGACGCCGAUGUCGACGCCGAUGCCGAGAAAGCCGAGCAGGCUCAACCCGUGCCCAAGGCCGCUCCUCAUCCCCAGAUUCCACCCAUCCUGUUCAUUCCAGCCGUCAUCAAUGGCGUCCUCAUUUCGCUCCAGGCCGCUUCGAACGGGGCCCUCGGAGUUGCCGGCAGCCGCUCCUUUGCCAGCAUCUUCUCAUAUGCCUCGGGCACGGCAUUCAUGCUGCUAUGUGCCCUAAUUACCACCCGAUUUGGCCGAACACUCAAGUUCCAGACGAUCCGCAAAGCUUCCUGGUGGGCCUGGUUCGGCGGCGCCUUUGGAACCGUCUAUGUGCUCUCGGUGCUGAUCCUGACGCCGCACCUGGGCGCAACCACCGUUCUGAGCGGCGUCGUCUGUGGUCAGAUUUCGGCCGCUCUUGUACUCGACCACUUUGCGCUGUUUGGCCUGCCCAAGCGACGCAUCAGCCCCAUGCGGAUCGGCGGUGCCGUCGUUCUGCUCGCCGGAGUCAUGAUGGUUGCCUUCCUGUAAAGAGCCUACCAAGACCGACUACUCUGUGCCGGGCUCGGAGCCUCGCGCACUCUCCUCAUUUCCAGGACCAGCGUGCCCAAUGUCGCAAGCUUGCAAUAUACAGCAUAUCCA